AUGUCUUCUACCGUGCAUGUGGCGAACAUCUCGCCCAAGACCACCGAGAAGGAAGUCAGAGAUUUCUUCAGCUUCUGUGGAAAAAUCACCUCGUUGUCGCUCACUCCAAGCAGCGGGGAUGCCGAGGCAACCCAGUCCGCAACCGUCACAUUCGAGAAGGAGACUGCCUCUAAGACUGCACUUCUACUAGACCAGACACAGCUGGGUCCCUCUGCCGUCCAGGUCACCGCUGCACCAAGCAUUGACGACCUAGCCGGCGAAAAGGCCACCACUGCCCAUGGAGCUCGGGACGAAGCCAACAACCACCUCGACCAAGAAGACAAACCACGCUCUCGAAUCUUUGCCGAGUACCUCGCCCACGGCUACGUCAUCAGCGACCAGGCCAUCGAAAAGGCUAUUUCUCUGGACAAGUCCCACGGCAUAUCCGCUCGGUUCAACACCGUCCUCAAGAACUUCGACUCAAAGUACCAUGCCACCGAUAAGGCCAAGGGCAUCGAUGAGAGCUACGGCAUCUCUGACAAGGCUGUAAGUGGCUGGCGCGGACUAAGCUCUUACUUCGAGAAGGCCCUUGAUACCCCUACUGGUCGCAAGAUUAGAGACUUCUAUCUCCAGAGCGACAAGCAGGUCCGAGACAUCCACACCGAGGCCCGUCGUCUCGCAGACUUGAAGCAUACUUCUGGUUCUUCUCACGAAUCAGCUGUAGGACAAACCGCGCAUACCACUGAGGGUGCCCCUACUGCUCCCACAGGUGUCCCAGUCGGCGACCCUUCUGCCCCUACGACCGUACCAGGAACUUCCGCUGAGACCAAAUAG